UCAUGGAGGGAAAGCAACUGUCUACUUUCGUUAUUGCUCUGGUGAGCUUAGUCGUUACGACUAUUGUCAUUGCGGUCAGAUGCGUUGUUCGUAUGUCCAUCAGAGGCUUUGGCCUCGAUGAUUGGUCUAUGGUGAUCGGUCAGAAGCUCACAAAAGAUAGGNUACUGUUCUUUUGUACUUGCGUCGUUGUCAUGUACGGAUGCAACACAGGCAUCGGCGUGAGGGACACCUACUUGACUCCCGAACAACUUGUCGAUGCCAGGCAUUCAAUCGUGAUGUUUCAGUCAUUCUAUCUCACCUCUCUCAUCUUCGUCAAGAGCAGUAUCUGCUUUGCUCUCCUUCGCAUCGCCACCAACAAGAGCAUCCGUCAAUUCCUUUACUUUAUUAUCUUUCUGUCCUUCUGCUGCGGCUUCGUCACACUGGUCGCUUGCUUGGCUAUCUGUGUCCCUCUCUCGGCCUCAUGGACAGGUAUUGGCAAAUGUGCUGCGCCUUACGUGAUCAAAUAUGUUGCAGCANUCACUGAUUUCUCAUGCUCCAUCCUUCCCUAUGUUAUCCUCUGGAACCUACAAAUGGAUAAGAAGCUCAAGUUCAGUCUAGCCGCCAUUCUGAGUCUUGGCUUCCUUGCCAGUGCCGCCACCGUAGUCCGCGCCUUCUACUUCAAUCGCUUCCUCGCACCCGUUGACUACGUCUGGGGUUUCUCCGAUCUUAUGAUCUGGUCUAUCAUCGAAGAUCUCAUCGCCAUCACCAUUGGCAGUGUUCCCAGCUUGAAGCCCUUGUUCGUUCGCUUCAAGUGGAUUGCCGCCGGGUCCUCGCGAGCUGGCAAGAGAACUGGCGAAUACCGCAACUGCGAAUCUUACAACAUGCACACCCAGAGCAAGAACAAGAACCAGACUAGGACCAUCACCACCAAUGUUGCCGAAGAGAGCGACAGCAUGAAGGAUCUGGUUAGAGAGGAAGGCAUUGUUAUCAGUCAAGAGUUCAGACACGAAGAGGAGUAUGAGUAUCAUGACAGAAAGCCUGUAGCUUCUGUU